AUGCUGCAGGUUGAAAUCUCGGUUCGUGGUUAUCGUAGCACAUUUGUCCCCUGUAUUCACGGGCGGUCUCGGGUCUCAAGGUGUUCGAGAGUCUUCCCCUGUGCCAGCUGCGUCAAGAAGGGUUGCGCUGCUAUUUGUCCGGAUGGCCACCUCACGACGGGCAAGGGAAAUCGAUAUGUUUUGGCAAACACGGGAGCCUUGCACGACAAGAUAACUCAGCUCUCGUCCCGCGUCCGGCAACUAGAAGAUGCCUUGAAGCAAGCCCACGGCAUGUCGUCUUUGGAACCGCACCCCCUGCUUACGGAGGAACUCAAACAAAUCAAGAGGCCAUUAGAACGGGAAAGCCAGGGGGAGCAGCCUCAAUCAGCGGACACCGAGGCGGCGGAAGUGAUCGACGCGGCCGUAGGAUCUCUUUCCAUCACCGACUCAGGGCUCACCAGGUUUUACGGCACCCCCGCCAACGCCUGGAAUGAAGAAGGGGACGAAGACGCCAUCGAAAACCCUCAGUCGAUCCUUCCUACUAGUCUUCCCUGGUUUAACUACGCCGUCCCCCUCGGUGACAGUGUCCACCAGACAUUUCCAGACGUUCGAGCAUCUCUGGUUGGGCUUCUCCCAGACAUCACUGAAGCCCGCCGACUAGCGAGCCUUUAUUUCAAGCAUGCCGCUUGGAUGUACACGCCUAUCCCCGAGCCCGAAUUUCACAGCACGGUGCUUUCGCGCUUCUACGGCGAGAUUGCGGGCUGGGUUGACCAAGACUCGGAUUCUUCGCACAAGAUGGCGAUCCUGUUUAUGAUUUUUGCCAUGGGAAGCCUCCUAGACCUGGACAAAGCAUCGCAUUCGGUCGAAGCAACAAAAUAUUAUCAGCUAGGCCGUGCGGCAUUGUCCCUCGAUUCAAUUUUGGAGCACCAGACGAUCUCGGCUAUCCAGGCCCUGAUCCUCAUGUGCCACUUUAUGUUCCUCUCCAAUAUCGAUGGUCCCCGUUGGGUUGUGAUGGGUCUGGCGACGAAAUUGGCACUGGCUCACGAAGACCGUGACGGAAACAAGUGGAAUCUGAAUCCCGACGAGGCCUUCAGGCGGAGAUCGUUGUUUUAUGAGUUGCUCACCUACGAUUCGUGGCAGAGCAUCACAUUCGGUCGACCACCUUCGCUGUCGAUGACGUUCAUCGAUUGCCAGCUACCGCAGGGCGCCAUGUCCAAGUCAGAUGGCGGCGAGCCCGAGAUGAGCUUUGCGGCGUGGAAGCACCGGUUCGCCGCACAGUGCCAGAGCGUCGUGAAUGAGCAGGUGUUCGGCGCACGCCUCCCCAGCCAUCGCCAGCUCAUGGAACUCGAUGAGAAAAUCCGGAACUUCUACCUGCCGCCCUCUCUCCGCGUCCGUGGCUUCGGCGGCCUGAUGUACGAGUCGUACGAGCCGGCGACUCCGCCGACCUACGAGCAAGACCUACAGGGCUACUGUGCCUGCGCCAUUACGGAGAUCACGAUCUUUUACAUGCAUCGGGGAUUCUUCGCGACCGCCCUGCAACAGGCACCGGACGACCCGCUGGGCCACAAGUACGCAUCCUCCGUCCUGGCCGCGUACAAGAGCGCAUGCUCGUACGUCGGGCUCAUUAAAAGCAUGUACUCGCAAUACCCAAAACUAGUCGAGCGCAUGUGGUUUUAUUUGACGCAUGUUUUCUCUUGUGGGAUCGUCCUCGGCGCUAUACCGUCUAAAAGCCCGGGUAUGAAAUUGGCACGGAGCGCGCAGGCCAAGCUUGAUACUGCCCUCGGGCUGUUCGACGCUGUGCAACAUGACCCACGCGCGGCGAAGGUCCUGCCCGUUCUGUCCAAGCUGAAAGCGCGGGCGGAGACAUCGAUGGUCGACUACCAUACUCUAUCAUCAGCGCCCCGGAAUAUCCCUAGUGGCCUUAGCCCAAAGGAUGACGACGAACUCGGUGCUUUGCAGGGCAAGACGCGCCUCAUUUCGCGGAAGUCUCCCGCGGGCUCAACACCGAGUGACGGCGGGUCGCAGAGCGGGUCAAGCCCAUGGGACAAGCCCGGCCAGUCCUUGACACCUAUGGGCCCGCCGUCCAUGAAUGCGGGCAUAUCGCUCGUUAAUUCUCAUCACCAAUACCAUGAUGCGCCGUACAACUCAGUAGCGGACGCUUACUCCUCGGUCUACGCGCACGUCGACGGGGCGGAACUGAUGCAGCCCGACGCAUGGCAUAACUUAGUUGCGCAUUUGACACUCCUGUAUGCUGAUGCGUUGUCACACGUGGCGAGCCUUAUGGCACGCAGACGUGAGGACUAA